CGGUGCUUUGAUCACUAAAGAUCGUAACAAUCUAAUCAGAAGGAUGUGAGUGGUUGAUCCACACCAACACUCGGUACUCCCGUGCAACACAAUUUCCCAAAUCCCUUACCUCUUAAACCCUCGCAAAAGCCCUCGCCUCACUCUUCCAAUUUCGCAGCAACAUCAGUGAACUGAGAUUUCAUUUCGAGAACAACAAACCAAACAACCAUGGCUUGGCGCUCCGCCGGAUCUCUGUCGCGCUCGCUAAUGUCAACCGCUAGGGUUUCGUCUCUGCGCUCGGCUCCUUCCCUCCCCCGCCUCCGCCCCCCGAAUCUCGCCGCUCCUCCUCGCCUCCCUUCUCGUCGUCUCUCCUUCGCCUCUACCAGGAACUUGGGAGAAUUGGGGUGCGCACAGUCACUUCUGCCAAUGCACAGUGUCAUGGCUUCAACAUCUCACCUGGCUGUCAACUUGCGGGCUUUUUGCGAGCUGUCUCAUGGGAUGAGUGGAAGAGACGGGUGAUGCACGGCAACAUUCAAUCAUCCAAAGGAAGGACGGUGGUGCUGCAUUGUACUUGAGAAGAUCGUGGGAGUAGCAUUAUCAAGUGCAACUAAAUGUUUUUGUGGGGGCAGUGAUGGAGAUUGG